ACGCAGAUCAGAACCAAACCUCAGUCCCGUUCGAAAAAACCCUAGAAAACCUCUCGUCUCCGAUUCUCCCCUCCUCCUCCCCCAUUUCCUCCCCAAGAUCCUCCCUUUCCGUCGCCGAUUCCGGCUACAUGGCCAGCAAGACCCCGUCGGCGAAGAGCACCGGCAGCGCCGCGGCCCCGCCGGCGGCGUCGGCGGCGGCAGCGGCGGCGGUGGAGAAGCGGAAGCCCGUCUUCACCAAGGUCGAUCGCCUCCAGCCCGGCACCAACGGCCACACCCUGACCGUGAAGGUGGUCAGCUCCAAGAGCGUCCCCGUCAACGCCCGGGCCAACCGGCCGUCGUCCAACGCCGUCCUCUCCCGCCCGCCCCCGCGCAACACCCGCAUCGCCGAGUGCCUCGUCGGGGACGAGACCGGCUGCAUCGUCUUCACAGCUCGCAACGAGCAAGUCGAUAUGAUGAAGCCAGGCACCACUGUGAUUCUUCGUAAUGCAAAAAUUGACAUGUUUAAGGGGACUAUGAGGCUGGCAGUUGACAAAUGGGGGCGUGUUGAAGUCACUGAACCUGCCAGUUUCGAAGUUAAGGAGGACAAUAAUCUGUCUCUGGUUGAGUAUGAACUUGUCAAUGUUACUGAAGAGUGAUUCAGCAUCUAUGGAGGUGAAUAUAAGGGGGACAUUAGAGGCUUGAUUGUUUUUUCCUGGCCAUCAAGAGUUAUGUUGGGGUUGGUUAUGAUGAAUGUCCUGCACAAAAGGUUUCCUGGAUAAAGCUUUUGGGGAUAUUGCUAUGCUUGGUGUAAAAGAUGGGAGUUUGACUGGGUAACUCAUUGGAUUUCCGAACGAAAAAAAAAGAAAAAGAAAAAAAAGAAGAAGCUACGUGGUUAAAUAUUGUUCUAUGCUGUCAUGACGUUGAAUUUAGACAAAUUAAGUGGUGGUAUCAGUUACGUGGAGAGUUGCCCUGUCUUUUUUUUUUUUCUACUCGUUCAGUGACUGUUUAUAAUAUGAUACUUUUGUGCACUUUUCUCUUCCAAA